AUGUCUAAGAAAAACCAAAAAGCAUUAACAAAACGCGCCUACGGAUUCUUGAGCGUGCGUUUCUUUGUGGUUGCCGAACCAGACAUUCGCCUCGCCACCCUGGCGCUUAUCAGACCACUUAUACCGCUGUUAGUGCUGACUUUCCAGUUGCUCUUUGACACAUACUCGUACUCGUUGGUAACUGUUCCAGCAGAGUCCAAACUAAUCGUCAACUCUCUCUUGCAGCCGAAUGAAGCUUUGCCCAAUUUACAAACACUUAAGGGUUCCAAGUCGAGCCUCUUUAUGGGGUCUACACUCUUCGGCUUCGAUCACUUCGGCACUGCCGAUAAGGAUGACAAGUCCGGCAAGGAGAAGGACAAAACACCACCAGAGGAGUGCAAUCGCAAGCUACCGAUUAUCAAUCCGCUCGUGCGGUUGCCCAAUUGGCCCAAUCUCACCAAUGGCACUGGAUUUAUUUCCAAGUGUUUGCUCGCCAAUGCGGACACUCUAUGCGCUGCAGUUAGUCCGCUCAUGGAUCCCGAUGAGACGCUGCUUGCGGGUUACCAUGAGAAGUGCGUGAUGAAUAACUAUUUCGGUAUUGGCAUCGAUGCCAAAAUCUCGCUGGACUUCCACAACAAGCGGGAGGAGCAUCCAGAGAAGUGUCGCUCACGUGCCCGCAAUUAUAUGUGGUAUGGUGUGCUGGGCUCGAAGCAGCUCCUACAAAAGACCUGCAAAAAUCUGGAGCAGCGUGUGCAGCUGGAGUGUGAUGGACAGCGCAUUCCAUUGCCCGAACUUCAGGGUAUUGUCAUCUUAAAUAUACCCAGCUUCAUGGGCGGCACCAACUUUUGGGGUAACACCAAGAAGGACGACAUCUUCCUCCCACCCAGCUUCGAUGAUCGCGUUUUGGAAGUUGUGGCCGUCUUUGGAUCGGUACAAAUGGCCGCCUCUCGCCUCAUUAAUCUGCAACAUCAUCGCAUUGCUCAAUGUCAGAGCGUACAGAUUAAUAUUCUUGGCGAUGAGGAGAUACCCAUACAGGUGGAUGGUGAGGCCUGGCUACAACCACCCGGCAUGAUACGCAUUUUGCACAAGAAUCGUGUCCAGAUGCUGUGUCGUAACCGCAGUUUGGAGGUAUCCUUGAAGAGCUGGCAAGAGAAACAACGUCAGCACAGCAUUUCCAUUCAACGUGACGCCUCGUCGACUGCCUCGGAACAUGCCACCUCUACCGAUGAAGUCAUUUCGGAGCGUGAGUGCUAUGUGCUGCUCAAUUUCAUUGAGGCUGUCAGCUCUUUGGUGAAAUGGGUCAAGUUCUUGAUCAUAUCCCAUCCGGCACUGCAACACGAUCUUUACGAGGUAGCCUGCCGUGCCAGUGAGGCCCUGGAGUCUAUACAUCCCCAGGGCAAGCUGCUGGAAGGUCCCUCGUUGCGCACCAAGCUGGUGGAGGUCAUCGAUUCGUCGCGUCAGCUUUAUGACGAUGCUUGUACUUUGCUCAGAGAUCGUGGACACAGUCUCAUAUUGCGUGAGGAUCUGGAAACUAAAUUGAGUGCAGCAUUGGCCAACAUGGAAAUGGAGCUGAAGAAAUGUUCCGUUCAAAAGUGCAUCGAUGGCAAGCUGCGUGCCUACUUUAAUGUCCUGGCACCCAAUGAAGAGUCCGAUGGUCGCCGGAAAUCCCGUCUCUUCUGGGUACGUCUACGCUCAGGCUCUACCGCCGGUCAACAACAGUUCAAGCCACCGCUCACCAACACGCGUGAGGCUGCCAAUAACUGGAGCGUCAAUGAGGUGGUCACCUGGCUGGAGACUAUGCAGCUAUCCGAAUAUGUGGAUAGCUUCCUAAAGAACGAUAUUCGUGGCAAGGAGCUGUUGACACUAGGCCGGCGAGAUUUGAAGGACUUGGGCGUUGUAAAAGUAGGUCAUGUGAAGCGCAUCCUGCAGGCUAUUAAGGAUUUGAGCGAGAACUAAAUCGAACCCAACUAUGCCACUACAAUCAAAAUUGUUCCUGUUUUGUGAGAGGGGAGGGAAGUAGAGAGAGGGGGAAAGUGUAGGGGAGAUUGUUUAAUGAACUACCGGCUAGUACAAAAAUCAGUCUUCGAAAGCCGCUCUUAGAGUUUGUUGUGCUUGGGAUAUGUUAAGGCAUUUUGUGUGGCUGUUUAGUGUUGUAAGCGAACAGUAAGAGUGUUAGUUUUUUUAUGGGAAAAAUGCAUAACACAAUCACUAUUUAUAGGCUAGCUUAGCUAACGAAAACAAAAUUAACAAAACAAACUGAAAUCGGGUGGGAAUAAUUGAGUGAACGCGCCUAACUCUAAAGCUCGAUUUUAGGAGCGGGGCUAACGAACAAAAAUCUCUUUAAUUAUUUCAAAACUAUUUAAAUUAUAAAUGAUUUCGUUUCAAGAGAAAGAAAACGAAGAUUAUUUCAAAACUAUUUAAAUUAUAAAUGAUUUCGUUUCAAGAGAAAGAAAACGAAAACAGCUAUUUAGUUAAAAGAGACUUGCCUAUCAUUUUCUGAUCUAGUCAUGUAAGCGCAAAUAACUGAAUUUCAUUUUUGGAUUUGUCAAAAGCAAAAUUAUUGAAUUGGCAGCAAAACGAAUUUAAAUGUAGUGGCACAUGCAAAACCAAAAGGAUAUUAAUUAACAGCAAACCCAACAACUAGUUUUUAAGAAAGCAAGCAGCGUUUAAGAUCCCAUUUACGCUUAACUCUUUUUCAAAUUCGAAAAUCGAUUAGGAAAAUGACUCGUUUAUACCUUUAGACCCAAACAAAAAACAUUCUAAAUUAAUAAGCAAUUUAAUUUUUAUAAUUGUAAACCCAAAAGACAAAUAUCUAUUUUAAAACCAAUCUCGACAUAUUAUUGUAUUAUUAAUUAUACCUUCUCUAAGCUAUAUACAUACUAUACAUACAUGCAUACAUAAAUCGUGUAAAUGUUUCCCAACAUUGUUGUGUCGAACCCAUGCUAACAUUAUACUCGUAAUUGUAACAAAGAAAAGUCUGUUUGAUGUGUCAUUUUUUGUGGUAACCAAAAAUUAAGAUAAAAAAAAACCAAAAGCAAAUGAAAUUCGUUUAUUUAUAAUGUACAUGGAAUUUAGUUACUAAAUUUAAAGCGUUUUUUUCGUCAUAAGUUUAGGUCCUAGGGCAAGUACCAGUAAGUGCGGAGCACUUCGGUUCGGUGCGGUGCGCCAGUGUUUCCGUUAGUUUGGUAUGUAUUUCAAAAUUUAGCUAGAUUGUAAAACUCGGAUUAAAUUUGUGUGUUGAAGACCUUUUGGUAUACCUUUUAAUUGUUUGGUGAAGCAAAGCAAGCAACUUUUAUCAAAAAUGUAAGAAAUGAAAAACCCAACAUUCGAAUUAAGAGAAUUGUGCUAAAUUUUUAUAGUUACCUAUUUUCGAUUAGCAAAAGUAUAUACAUACAUAUUUACAUAUAUAUUAUACUAUAUAUAUACAUAUAUAUAUAUGGCUGCAUAUACAUCGUACACCAUGUCUGUGUGAGAAAACCAAGAAUACCUUUAUUUUAGUUUUUCUAAAGUAAGUCGUUUCCAAAUGUUUGCUCAAGUUGUCUCCAGUUGAGCGAGUUUUUGAAACGAAUAAUUCUAACUAAUAAUAAACAAUAACAAAUCUCUUGAGCGACGUCUAUAAAUUAUAUUUUUUGAUAUAUAAGUAUAAAUGGGCCCAGACCAACUCGAUUGAUUUGUUGUAAACCUUUGCAAUAUAAUUUCAAGUAAUACCUACAACAACACUCUCAAGCUGCACAUUUCUUUAAGUGUGUUGAAUAAAUACAAUUUUUGAGAUAUAUUUGUGAAAUAUCUGAACUAUUUAC